GCGGCCUGAGGUCACGUGACUGGGCGCCAAGGCGGAGGGAGCCGUGGGACGGGAGUUCUCCUGAGGGAAGAGGAGUGAAGUGGGGAACGCGGCGGCGGCGGCUGCGCUGACAAUGAGUUUUCUUGGCGGUUUUUUUGGUCCCAUUUGUGAGAUUGACGUUAUCCUUAAUGAUGGGGAAACCAGGAAAAUGGCAGAAAUGAAAACUGAAGAUGGCAAAGUAGAAAAACACUAUCUUUUCUAUGAUGGGGAAUCUGUUUCAGGAAAGGUAAACUUAGCCUUUAAGCAACCUGGAAAGAGGCUAGAGCACCAAGGAAUUAGAAUUGAAUUUGUAGGUCAAAUUGAACUUUUCAAUGACAAGAGUAAUACUCAUGAAUUUGUAAACCUUGUGAAAGAAUUAGCCUUACCUGGAGAACUGACCCAGAGCAGAAGUUAUGAUUUUGAAUUUAUGCAAGUUGAAAAGCCAUAUGAAUCUUAUAUUGGUGCCAAUGUCCGCUUGAGGUAUUUUCUUAAAGUGACAAUAGUAAGAAGACUGACAGACUUGGUAAAAGAAUAUGAUCUUAUUGUUCACCAGCUUGCAACCUAUCCUGAUGUUAACAAUUCUAUAAAGAUGGAAGUGGGCAUUGAAGAUUGCUUACACAUAGAAUUUGAAUAUAAUAAAUCAAAGUAUCAUUUAAAGGAUGUCAUUGUUGGAAAAAUUUACUUCUUAUUAGUAAGAAUAAAAAUCCAACAUAUGGAGUUACAACUGAUUAAAAAAGAGAUAACAGGAAUUGGACCCAGUACCACAACAGAAACAGAAACAAUUGCUAAAUAUGAAAUAAUGGAUGGUGCACCAGUAAAAGGAGAAUCAAUUCCAAUAAGACUAUUUUUAGCAGGAUAUGAUCCAACUCCGACAAUGAGAGAUGUGAACAAAAAAUUUUCAGUAAGGUACUUCUUGAAUCUAGUCCUUGUUGAUGAGGAAGACAGAAGGUACUUCAAGCAGCAGGAGAUCAUUUUGUGGAGAAAGGCUCCUGAAAAACUGAGGAAACAGAGAACAAACUUUCACCAACGAUUUGAAUCACCAGAAUCACAGGCAUCUGCUGAACAGCCUGAAAUGUGAACUGAAUAGGAAAAAAAAAAGAAAAAAAAAUCUAUUUAGUUCAGCAGGUUAAAGAUGGUUGCAGCGUGUGUGGGGGUAAAAGGCCAAAACUCCAUUUAUAAGUCUUCCUUUAUCUUACAGUGCUGCAUUUAUUUUAAGAUAUAACUAAAUGUUCUUCAUGUAUAUACAUUCAAAAAGUGCUUUCUUUGAAACACUGGAACUUUCUUAAGCUGCCAGUUUUUUUUACUGCACACUUUGGUUUAAUAAGCACUCAAAUGCGUCAGCAAAAAACAUUAAAGAUUUUCAUGUGAAUAGGCUGGUAUUUGUAAUUUUGCUUUCUUUCUGCAUAAUGUUGAUUAUAAAUAUUUUUUCAUGCUAAUGAUUACCUCUUACUGUCUACAUGCAAAAAAUUACUUUGUGUUCAAAUAAAAUUAGAAAACCUGAGUGGCCCUAAAAUCCUGCAGAGAUUUAAAACAUAGCAUCUCAAUAUUUUUGAGAAUUGUAUGUAUGUUUUUACAUAUGUGCUUGAGAAAUAUAUAUGGAAUGUUUCACUGUAGGUGCUUUCAUGGCUUCCUGAAUUUUACCCUCUUUGAAAUCUUCUGCACUAUGAAUAUUAAAAUUUUUCUCCAUGGGAUUAUUGGACAUAUCAUUAUAGCCUUCUCUUCCCUUUCCCCAUAUUUAGUUACAUUUUGCGACUGUCCAGCAAGCUCUUGUUUUGUGCAUUGAGGAGUUUACGCUAUAUUGGCAUUUUAGAAUUUGUUAAACUAAUUUUUCUGAAAAUAUUUCAAAAUUUUUUAAUUUAAGGAUUCUUUAUAACAUAUAUAUGCAAAUACAGUUUUCUGACCUCACAAAUAUUCUCUUCUCUUUACAGGGGGAAAUGUGGGGAGGGGAGGGUCUCACAGGGCCUGUGAAACAUGUAGUUAAUCAGGAUUCAGACAAUUUCAUGUUAAACUGAAAACUUUGGCUUGCUCAAAUUUAAAUUUAAACUUUACCCACUCUUUAUUUUUUUAACACUAAAUUCAAGUCAUUUUCUCAGCAUAUCUAAAAAAAGGUUGCAGUCAUCUGUUCAUAUGCAUGGGGUCUGAUCUCAAAAUACAUUAUAUGUGGGGUGUAGGAACUAAAAUGAACCCUGCUAUAUGAAACUCUCAUGGUUCACUGGUUUUGUACCAGUAUUUUUUUAUAUACAGCGCAAGUAUUGUCAGUUAACCUUACUUUAUGAGUAAGUUAAGAAACCCAAAUUAAUUUCUUUAAACCUGUUUUACUACUAUGGCACUUUAGUAAAAUGGUCAGUAACCUUUACUGACAAAGGGUUCCAUGUGUUGUGUGCUGGAACAUCUGUUUUCAAUGUGGUUAUCAGUGAAGGGUAAUGUUUUCUUCAUGUUAAGUGCCUGUUCAGAGUUUCAGAAUUAAAAUGCCAAAUAUUUUCAUGGUCACUUGCAUGUAGUAAUCUAGAAAAUAUUGAAAGAAAUUUUGAAAAUCAGUUGCAUUUAACCAGCCUCAAAUCGUGCAACCAUGAUGUAUAAUAAAGAAUUUGAAACAAA